UAUCAAAACGAAAGUAGAAUAAAGGAAUAUGUCGUAAGACAUUCAAUUUACAGACAUAAAUUUUAUAAGGCUUCUUUUAGUUCUGGCAUCCAAGUUUAUCGGACUUGACUGUUAAAGCUGAAUUAGAAAAUAUAGUGAACUGUAAAAACUGUCAAUAAUAAGCCUAUUGAACUAUUGAACUUUAAAACGUGUACUCUUGUCAGCUUGUCAUUUUCCGAAAAUAAAGCCAUUAAAGGUUAAUAAAUAGGAGUGGAGGACAGUACAAUUUUACGAAAGGUUUGGUGUAAACGACUCGAGAGCAACAGUUGGCAUGUGAUGUGUAGUUUUAGGAAAUUCACAAAAGGCAAAAAUUGAGAAAGCAAUAUAUGCCACAACAUAUUCUAUUUUACUGAUUGAAAGUGUACACAAAUUUUGACAGAUCUGACAAUUAAGUUAAAAGCCUAUAAAAGAGACUUACGUAAUAAAUGCUGCUCUUUGCAUAGACUGUACCAAUUUGAAAUGCAGUGUAAAGGAAAUAUUGAAAUAUUAGAUGAGACAAAAAGUGAGGUGUUGUCAUCAUGUAUCAGAAAGAACGAAGAUAUUACCAGACUGAAGGGUAAUGUAGAGAUUAUUGAUGAGACAAAGGAGAGAGAGGAACAUGCAACAGAAUCUUCAGGAAAUGGAAAUGAAGCUUGUAGAAAUUCAGAAGGUUCCAGUGUUAAUGAGAGCAAAAACGAAAAUGUAGAGAAUGGGGAACAAACAGGGCAAGAGAAUAGGAGUACAGAUACAAGAGAUAAAAAUCGGACACAGGACAAAGAUACAAAUAACAACACUAAAUUGAGUACUGAUAAAGAAAGUAAUGGAACUGAUGAUUGUAUCAUUCCACAUAGUAAUGAAAAUAAUAGCUUCAGUUUUGAGGGUAAAGGUAUGUGUAGAGAAAUUUGUGAAGGAGAAAGCUACAUCAGGGAUGCGACUUAUGCUUCAGAAAAUGAACUAAGCAAUAAUAGUAAUACGGAGAACAAUGAAUUAGCAGAUGGUCGUGAAAAUGAAAGAAUGUUAAUGCAAGCCAAAUCAUGUACCACAGAAUCAGGUGCUGCAGCUAUGAAAGGAGAACUCACACCUGGGUCAGAACAUUCAUCCAAUAUGUCAUUUGAAAAAGCAUCUGAUGUAUAUGCUGACUCUUGUGACUUUUGUAAAAGUAGUUCAGACUUCAUGUGCAAGUUUUGCACAUUCUUUUACUGCAAGAGCUGCCUUGACAGAGUUCAUCCAGCCAUAGGACCAUACAAGUCUCACAAAGUCAUUCCAGUACAAUCAGGGGCCAGAGUAGAGCACCAUAACAGAUGUAGAGAUCAUGGUCUUGUUGCACAGCUGUUUUGCUAUUUCUGUGAGCUGAACAGAUGUACUGAAUGUGUUAAAACUAGAUGCAGACUCCAUUUCAAUGGAAGAAUUAGUGCAGCAGAUAUUGAAAAAGAAAAGGAAUUAUUGGUUGAAGAAUUAGAAAAGGCCACAGCUAAAUUAGGAUUUUUAGAAAAGUAUAAGGAGAAUGUACAAGAUCAAAUAGAUAAUAUACAGUUCGCAGGAAUGCUACGGAGGGAACAGAUAAGACAGGAGUUUGUAUCUUUCCAUGAUCUACUGAUACAGAAAGAAGCCAAGAUGUUGCAACAGUUGGAUAAGGAUGUUGCUGAAAGGGUAGAUAACGUGGUGAACACAUUACAAACCAGUGUAAGAGCUCUGGAACUUGAAGAUGCUAGGCUUACUACUACAGUGACAGAACUUGUGCAGUCGAGGGACGAUGCAUAUUUUAUAGAGGAAUAUGUGAAUGCUAAAGACCUCUGCCACGAGGUUGAUGGCAAAGUGAGAGAUUUUAACAGAAAUUGGGCCAAGAACUGCACCUUUACACCGAGUCCGUUACUUGACAACAACUUUACCAUGAUUGUUGAGAAGAAGCAGCUGUCAGAAAGACUUGAUGCAACAAUGGAACUGCCGCAACUUAAAUUCAAGGAAAGCACUUUGUUCAUAGACAAUGAAUGCAAGAUGAUAAACAUUUCUGAUUAUCUGGAGCAACCAGUACCCCCAACGUCGACGGAGUUGUCUUUCAGUUUGCAUUUAUCAAUGGAUGGAAUAGUUGUAUACAAGAAAAUCACGGAAAAGUUACAGGAUUUGGCAUUGAACACAUUGUCAACAUAUCAGUUGAAACGUGGUAACCGAUAUCUAUUAAAAGUGACACCAAUGUAUACACGUCUUGCUAAUGGUGUAAUGUGUUCAGAUACAAUUACCUGGCAGGGGAAGCCAUGUCAUAUGCUUAUUGUGGUUAACAAGUUUCGACCAAGGCUGGUCAAAGCUGUCAGCAAGAAAAAGAUGUCUAGACGGGCUGUAAGGAGAUGAAAAUGUGCACUGAAUCACUCAGACAAAUUCUCACUAUCACAGGGACAUACAAAUAAAGACAGAUUGUUAAACAUUUCAAAAGUAAGAGGUGAUACAGAAUAUUUUCCAAAAGUAUAAUCGUUUACAAGUUUGGACCAAAGCUGCCAGCCAGUGCUCUCAUCAAGAGAAAGAUAUCUAGGCGGGCAGUAUGGAAAUAAAGAUGUGCACUGAAUUACUCAAAAACUCACUAUCAAAGGGGCGUAGAAGAAAAAGCGUUUGAACAUUCCAGAAGUAAGAGGUGAAAUAAGAAUUUGCCGAAAAAGUCCUGUGGUUUAGUGUGUAUCAGAUAGGUAUUAGUUAACAGUUUCCUGUUUAUAGAUGUAAUCGUUAUUAAGUUUGGACCAGAGCUGCCAGCCAGUGCUCUCAGCAAGAUAAAGAUAUCUAGGCGGUCUGUAUGGAAAUGAAGAUGUGCACUGAAUCACUCAAAAACUCCCUAUCAAAGGGACAUACAAAUAAAGACAAAUUUUGAACAUUUCAGAAGUAAAAACUGAAACGGAAUGUCUUCCGAAUAACACUUGUUAAGUGUGUAAAUUGUUAUUUGUUAAAGAUUUUCUUUUUAGUACAAAUGUAUAAUUAUUAACUCACCUCAUCAAAAAGAUCAGGGUGAGCUAUUAGGGUAGGCAGAUGACAGGCGUCUAUCGUCCAUCGGCUUGUGUCCGUCGCCAAGCCGCAGCAUCUUUAGUUAAAUAUCUCGCACUGAUCAAAUGAUCAAAAUUUCACAAGUUUGUGUGUAGUAUCCUGUCAUGGGCAUCUCAGCAUUUUUUUUAUUCAUAUUAUCCUGAUUAAACCCUUUUAAAGGCCGACAGAGCUAAUAAAUAAGAAUAAACCUUCAAACAACUUUUCUCACGAACCGCUUCACCAAGGGUCCCCAGAGGCCGAAUGGAAAAGAACGGGGACUUUCAGUCUCUUGCCCCACACCGUUGUGAGUUGAGUUGUAGAAUUUUUUAAUGUCAGGAAGUCAUCCGACUUGUUUACGAAGGUUAGAGGGUCACUUGGUAUCUUCAUCCACCAUCGGAAGUUGGAAAUAUGAUCACAUUUGUGUCUGCGCGAUGUUAAACCCAACAAAAUAAUCUUCACCGAACUUGGUCUGCAGCAUCCUUUUCUGGAAGUUUUUAAAGUUUGUUUAAAUAAUUUCGAUUGACAUUUUGACCACCAGGGCUUUAAAAACGUAAUCAAAACUUUUUUUCACAAUAACUGCUAGAUAGUUCCUUUUACAGAGACAUCUGAAGUUUAUUAAGAUGCUUCCGUUUAUAAAAUAUCGUGGUUUAGGGGCCGUUAGGACUAUAGAUAGAAAAAAAACAACUUUAAAUAUAGUCCUAUUCAACAACAUGUGUAUGUGCGUGUGUGCGUGCGCGCGUCCGUCCGUCUGUGCGUGCGUCCGUCCGAUUUGGUCCGCACCAUAACUUUGACAUGCAUGGACCAAUCUUGUUUAUAUUUGGCAUAAAUGUUUACCGCAAUUUGAAGGCCUGUCAUGCGUUAACCAUAUGUUCCUAUCUCAAAGGUCAAGGUUACAGUUGGAGGUCAAAGGUCAAAUUGAAGUUUGUCCAGAGCAUUUCCUUUUUCAUGCAUGGUGGGAUUUUGAUGUAACUUGGCAUGGAUGUUCACCAUUAUGAGACGGAGUGUCAUGCGCAAGAACCAGGUCCCUAGGUCCAAGGUCAAGGUCACACUUGACAGCUUGCGGGCUCGACAUUCUGCCCGUGGGCAUACUUGUUAGUAUUAUAAGAUGUCUGCAGCCAGUCGGCCUCAGUUUCAUAACAAGACAUCUCGUAAACAAUCUAUCUAUUUUCAACCCAAUGUCACAGGACCUUUUCUUGGACGGCCCCUUCAGAUCUAGGUAAUUCAUUCCGAAUAAGGUUUGCCGUUAAACUGUUGGUUUAUUUCAGAGUCACUCACGGGUAACUUGCUGCCAUAUUAUUUCAGGAAAAAGAAAGGGGAAUGGCAGAUUUUCUUAUUUAGUAAAAGAAAUUGAUAUUUUUCAUUUCAAAAUGGUUAUUUUAUGGAAAAAUGUUUUGGGUGACCGACUACCAGACUUCUUCCGAUGUGCUCGUAAACAACCAUGAUUGGUGUAGAUGUGUUUGUAUGUUUGUGAUGCGUAAAUAGUGGGAACUGUAAACAUAUACGUGUCUGGGAACUAUAAACAUAUUCAUGUCAAAACCUGCUGCCGUGAGUUAAAAAUUAUUUCACAUGUUUCUUGGUUUAUUUUUUACAAAUUAUUCCGAUGUAUUAAAACCAUUAAUAGUCACUAGAGCUUGACAAACGGCAUUUCCUCCCAGAUAGUAGACCGAAUUUGAAAUUUGGCACAAAUGUUCCUUAGGUAACCAAUAUCGUUUCAAUUAUUCUAAUUGGUCAGAAAAAAAACUUCCUAAUUAUAUGAUCUGAUUUUGAAAUAAGUGCAAAAAAUAUUCUUUGUGUGAUCAAAAUUGUAAAAGCCAUUUUCAUCAGAAAAAAAAAACAAAACAUUACUGCCAUGGUGCGGGGAUAAUUUUCUAAAUGCUUUUUGGAUAAACUCUGUCCCAAAACUGUAACCCGUUUCAGCCAUGAAUCUCAGGUGAGCUGUGUUGGGACAUCAUGAUUCUCUUGUUAAUCAUUAUUACCCCAUAUUUCAGCAGUAUUAGAAGGAAGACACAUUAGUCUCAAGGAGUGAUUGUGUUGUCAAAAUGUUAAUGUGAUUGUGUUGUGUUUCUGAAGAGUAUUUGUUAAAUAAAACAAAAUUUGCUGUA